AGUGCAUUCUUUAUUGUCAUCAAGCAAAGCAGGAAAUAAGAAAUUUUUUUCAUCAGAUGGGUGCUAAUCAGUCUGCUGUGUAUGCUUCAAAUGAAGCCAAUGAAUCAUUCGUGACGAAGAAGCCUGCUUCUAAUCGAGGCGAUGGGUUGUUCAUGCCUAACAAGACUGGCCAGGUCUUGAAGUCUGCUCCUAAUGGAGCCGGGUUGUUCAUGCCUAACAAGACCGGCAACAAGACUGGUCAGGUCUUGAAGUCUGCUUCUAGUGGGGCCGAUGGGUUGUUCAUGCCUAACAAGACUGGCCAGGUCUUAAUAUUCCGUUCCUCGUCUAAGUGGAAAAGCCAUUUUCAGUCCUCCAAACAAACAAAUAAGCUGAUGGUGAUUCAUUUCACAGCUGCAUGGUGUGGACCUUGUCGCACCAUGGAACCUAUAAUCCGCGACUUUGCUGCUAAGUACGUGGCUGUGGAGUUCAUCCAGAUUGAUGUAGACGAGUUAGAAGCUGUGGCUCGAGAGUACGCUGUGCAGGCAUUGCCAGCAUUCAUACUGAUAAAGAAGGGGAAAGCCGUUGACAAGGUUGUUGGAGCAGACAAGGCAGCACUUCAGAAGAAGAUCGAGAUAUAUAUGGCCUGAGUCCUGACAUAUGAAUGUUAGACCGCGAUAUCAUAUUAUGCGAAAACAAUAAGCAAAGCAGUACAAUCUGUGAGCCUGAAAUAAUGACCUUUUCUAAUUAGGCCAGUAUCCUAUGGUUUGUAAUAAUAUUUUUGUGAAUGAUUGCACUUCUGAACCCUGCUUGUAAAAAAAGUUGGCUUUAAAUAAUGAUCGGAGCAAGUUUUUACAUUAA